UGUCAACAAACUCUUGAAGUUUGUAUGCAAAAUUUAUGCAGGCAAUAAAAUAAACUCUCAAACACCAGUUUCCUGUAUAAACCAUUCAAGUAAAUGAAAGAAUAUAUACACAUUUAUUACAAAUGGAACUUUUAAAGAAAAGACACUAUAAUUCAUGUUGUUCACUGAUCAAUACUAAAUGGCAACAGUAACUGUGACUGAGACAGUGACUGAGACUGAGCAAACAGCUCUCAACAUCAAAUCAUCUGGGGAUAAGACUGAACUAGUUCCUGACAACACGAGUGAAAAAAAAUCUACGGAAGACAAUAAAUGCUCAAAAGUAAUAGAUAACAAAAGCAAUAUUAGACAAUCAAACAUUCAGUCUGAUACAAGUACACCUUUGUCAAAUGACAACAAGGAUGUAUUAAACACACAAGUAUCUUUACUUGAAGAGGAUGGUAACCCUGGCAGUGAUACUGAUUCUGAAGGCAGUGAUAAGAGAUUUGAAAAUGAAUUUGAAUGUCUAGAAAUAACUGAUGAAGAAGGUCAAGAAUUACCAUCAGAUCAAAACGGCUGUGAUGAAGUUGGUCAAUCAUUAGAACACUGUUGUACGCAACCAGUUUCUGUGAUUCCAAAGGAUCAGGUGCAAAGUGAAACAAAAAAAGAAAAUAAAAAUAACAGAGGAAAAGGAGCCAGGAUUCACCCUGUUAAAAGUGAUGUAAAAAAAAGUACAUUUCCAACUGACCUGAAAAAUACUGAAAUUUCUGAAAACCAUGGACCAAAUGGAAAUGGUCCAAAUUUUAAUACAACCCCAUCUUACAAGUCAGUAUCCAGCUACAGUAUGGCAGCAUCUUCUAUCCAACCUAAAUCGCAAGGGCAUAUGAAAGAUUUUGUCAUCAUUCAUACAAAAGCUGAUUCAGAAGGAGUACAAGUCUUCAAGAAACAUUUACACAAUGAUUUUGGAAUCUCCAACCUCACAGUAGAGACAUUUGAUAAUGUUGGCCUUGGGAAAUCUGAAUUGCGAAAGGCAGCAACUCUUCACGAUUCUUUUAGAUACAUUUUGAUAUUUGUGACAGAUAACCUUGAAGAUGAUUGGUAUACGCAAUUCAUAAAUGAAAUAGUACUAAUACGUGGUCUGAAAAAUGAAAAAGGCCAGAAAAAUAACGAUGAAAAAAGAGAUAGGGUUGUACCUGUAUUAACAGGUUGUCAAUAUGAAGACCAAGUUCUUUGUUGUAUAACUAGUUUAAGGUACUUUAAUUUCAAGUCUACAAAACCUUCCCUCAGAGAGGCUUAUCUUAACAGUGUCAAAAGUCUUUUUAAAAUGGGAAGAGUAAAAUUUCCAUAAUAUUUUGAACUUGUGGAAUAUUAACAUAAAAGGUACAUUUAAACUAGAAAUGUGUCCAUAGGACAUGGGUGCCCCCACACUCCACCAAUUUGUCAAUCUUAUGUCUCUAGGUCAAAUUUUUUUUUUUGGCUACAUGUGCCCAAGCUGAAAUCUAAAAAUCUUUUAUUAAGUAAAGGGCAAAUACGACAAAUACUGAAUAAAUCCCCAAGAAAACACCAACUUCUUGUAAACUUUCAGGCCUACAGGUCAAAUACUUUUUGAGUUAUGUGCAACAUAAGUUGAAUAUUGUAAAUUUUUACUAAUUCAAGGGCAAUAACUCUAAAAAUACAAAAUAUAUCCACACAAAAAUACCCAGGUGCAAAACUUCACAUGCUGAUCAACAUCCCUGUAAGGUUUCAUGACUCUAGGUCAAAUAUUUUUUUAGUUACGUGCGACACAAGUUGAAAAUUACAAAUUUUUACUAAGACAAGGGCAAUAACUCUAAAAAUACUAAAUAUAUCCACAUGAAAAUACCCAGGUGCACAACUUCACAUGCUGAUCAACAUUCCUGUAAGGUUUCAUGACUCUAGGUCAAUUACUUUUUGAGCUACAUACGACACAAAAAGAGAACGGACGGAUGGAUUGAGGGAAGGACAGACGGACAAGGGUAAAUCUAAAUGCCCCCCUAUAGUUGGGGCAUAAUAAAAGGUACCAACUUUUCAACUACUACGAUAACGAUUAAAAACAAGUGUUUAAAUAGUGAUAUUGAACCUUUACUAUACUUUAACAGAUUUCUUCAUCUUUCGACCUGCAGGAAACAAUUCAUCAUUUUAAAAGAAAAUUAUAAACUAAGUACCGAUUGAAUAGCAAAAAAUGAAGAUCAUGAUCUGACAUCAUAGAUGUGGGGGCUGAUCUUGGUCUGCACAGUGGCUGUCACCAGCAGUGUGACCUCAAGUUUAAAGACAAGAAUAAAAUGUUUCUCUUGAGGCAUAAUAAAAAGCAAUGCAAUAUUCUAACAGUAUUAUAUCUUGAGCUGAUGUCACUACUGUAUCAUCAGGCUUAAUUAGAACAGUAUUACCUACCAACAAUGAAUAAGGAAAGGAUUGUAUAGCUACAUUGAUUAUUAGGGGCCAUUUAAUGGAUGCCUUUGGACAUUAAAUGGAUAUAAAUGGAUGCAUUUGGACACUAAAUAGAUGCCUGAGCAUUAAAUGGAUGCCUGUGGACCUUAGAUGGAUAUGAAUGAAUGCCUUGGAACAUUGCCUUUGAGCAUGAAAUGGGUGUAAAAGGAUGUCUUUGGACAUUAAAUGGAUGACUUUGAGCAUAUAAUGCAUACCUUUGGACAUUAAAUAGAUGCAUUUGGACAUUAAAUGGAAUGCCUUUGAGCAUAAAAUGCAUACCAUUGGUCAUUAAAUGGAUGCCUUUGG